AUGGUUUCUUGGAAAAAAGACUCACACGGCCGUAUCGUCAGUUUGUUGGUCAGGAGCAACGAUGUAGAUGUUAAUUUAGUUAAUAUUUACGCUCCCACUAAUCUUGCAGAGCAAAAGAUUUUCUUUGAUUCUCUUCACGAUUUUUUUAUUCCAUCUUCUGCGAUCAUCAUCGGAGAUUUUAAUUGCUACGAUAAUGCCUUAGAUAACUUUGGUGGAAAUGUUUCUAUUCAUAAAGAAUAUGAAUCGUUGAAAAAUGACACCACCGGGAUCAAACGCGGCCCGGGUGUUUGGAAUUUGAAUAAUUCUCUGCUGAAAGAUAAGGAUUUCUGUACAUCUAUUGAGAAAUUGAUUGAUUGUCAUUUACUUUUUUGA